AUGGCGGACUGCUACACAGAGCUGGAGAAGGCGGUUGUCGUUCUGGUGGAAAACUUCUACAAAUACGUGUCCAAGUACAGCCUGGUCAAGAACAAGAUCAGUAAGAGCAGCUUCCGAAAGAUGCUUCAGCACGAGCUCAACCACAUGCUGACGGACACGGGGAACCGAAAGGCUGCCGACAAGCUCAUCCAGAACCUGGACGCCAACCACGACGGACGCAUCAGUUUUGACGAGUACUGGACCUUGAUAGGAGGCAUCACCAGCCCCAUCGCCAACCUCAUCCGCGAGCAGGAGCAGCAGAGCAGCAGCUAA